CUUGUUUGAUAACAUUGAAGGUCCACAACACUGAGCCGAGGGCGGCGGUUUCAUUCAGCUAUUUGAUAUUAGGUCUUUAAGAAGCCAGCAGAAGAUUGAACCAUACUUUUAAAUUUUAAAGACUCGAGUGCUUGGACAGUACAUCCCUCUACGUCUCCAUCCAAAGCUUCCCCGGUGUUUGUGCUGUCAGGGUGAUGUCAGCAGCCUGUCUCGUGCGCCUGGCAAGGUGCAGUGGUCCUCAUGUGGGUCGUAGUAGUCUUUUACAGACGGCCCUAGUCCCAUUUUCACUCCAGCACGACAGCCACCUGCAGUUCACAGUCUCCCGCCGACAACUUUACAGCCCCUCAGGAAAACGGCACAGCAACACACGCUUUGAUGCUGAUGGCAGUGGCCAACCCACCACUUGGGAUUCAUUUGGCAUCUGGGACAAUCGUAUUGAUGAGCCCAUCUUACUGCCCUCCAGCAUUCGUUAUGGCAAGCCCAUUCCCAAAGUUAGCCUAAAGAAGGUAGGCUGUGCCUCACUUAUUGGUCAGCGCAAGGAAAAUGAAGAUCGCUUCCAAGUCUCCCAAAUGACAGACAACAUCCUCUACUUUGCUGUGUUUGAUGGGCAUGGCGGACCAGAGGCAGCUGACUUUUGUGAAAAAUACAUGCAGAAAUUCAUCACGGACCUUGUGGCAGAAGAGGACAACCUGGAGUUAGUUUUGACAAAGGCCUUCCUUGAAGUAGACAAAUCUCUCGUGAAGCACUUACACUUCUCUCCAAGUGUAGCCGGGAUGAACGCAGGAACCACCGCUACUGUGGCCCUGCUGAGGGACGGCAUUGAGCUGGUGGUUGGAAGUGUGGGUGACAGUCGUGCCAUGUUGUGCCGCAAGGGCAAGGCCCUUAAACUCACUGUCGACCACACUCCUGAGAGGAAGGACGAGAAAGAGAGGAUAAAGAAGAGUGGGGGCUUUAUCACCUGGAAUAGUCUAGGACAACCGAACGUCAACGGCAGGUUGGCGAUGACACGCAGUAUUGGAGACUUUGACCUGAAGAACAUGGGAGUUAUUGCUGAGCCUGAGACCAAAAGAAUAUCGCUGCACCAUGCCCAUGAUGCGUUCCUGGCGCUGACCACAGAUGGCGUUAACUUCAUUAUGAACAGCCAGGAAAUCUGCAAUGUCAUCAACCAGUGCCAUGACCCUAAAGAGGCGGCUCAGAGAAUAUCUGAUCAGGCUCUGCAGUACGGUUCAGAGGACAACAGCACAAUCAUCGUGGUGCCGUUUGGUGCUUGGGGAAAACACAAGAGUUCGGACACAAGCUUCUCCUUCAGCAGAAGUAUCGUGUCCAGUGGUCGCUGGGCGUAGUCAGCAGGACGUUGGAUUACAAGGUGCGGUCUACGGACCCCAUUAAUGUGUGCAAUACAAUAGGUACCCUUGAAGAAAUAUUAUAAAGAGUGUGUUUUGCCCAAACAAUGAUACCUGACGGCUAAGACGUGUUAUUUAGCGAGGCAUGAUAUUUAUUAGUCUCUCUAAAGUCAGAGGCAGUGAAUUCAUGAUGUGCACUAAAUAGUAACAACACUCCCUCUUUAUUCAAGGUUUUAUCUACUAGCGAGCCAAUGACCUUAAAGGCGGUAAAAGCUGAGAAGUGCGCGAAUGGCAGACAGGAAUUCAUGAUGACAUGCAAGCUUAGCAAAUAUGUAGCGUGCUCUACAGUAGCUGAGAUUUUAAGACUAGAAUUCCUGACUGUCUGCCAUUCAGAUAUUUUUUUAUCUGUUUAGCUGUUCACAAUGCCCAAAUUUGCACUUUAGAUUUCCAAGGGUAUCUUAACUUGGAUAAUUUAAAUUUCAAGGAAUUUGUGUGUUUGGAGUUCAGAGGUGCGGUUUUUAAUUUUGCACCAUUUCUUAAUGUUGAUGAUUGAACUGCAUGCAUAAAAGAGAGUGGGAAAAGACAACUAAACUGCAGUAAUUUGUCGAUUAUUUUGAAUCAAUUUAACCCUUGUACAUAGAACCUUUUGACAUCUUAAUAAACCCAAAUAUGAAUAUUGUGAGUAAAUUAAGUCACUGGGUGGGUCUUAAUGAUUGGACUUUGGUUCUGGAGUGUCAAAGCAUCUUAAUUGGACCAUAUGUAAUUUUCUAAACAAUUUCUCUUCUAAACUAAUCUCUCUGACUGCCCCACAAGCAACUUCAACACGUAAUAUUUUCUGUGUAUUUAAAAUACUCACUAAGGCACCACUGAAAAGCAUUGAUGGCAAAUCGCACAAUCUUGAACAGCAUUUCAGUGGCUGAACUUGACAUGUACAAAAGUAAGAUCUUCAUGUUUAGUGCAAUGUUAACAUUGCUCAAGCUUGUAUAAGUGUUAAUAUCCGUUCUGAUUUUAAACAGGUCUUGUUGGGGCACCAAGAAGUGCUCAGGGUACAGAAAUGUAUAGUGUAUGUUUUGUAAAUAAUUAUAUUUAUGUACUUCUGGAAAACCGAUAGUUCUCUGUUACAUUUGCUCAAUAUCUCUGCUCAAUCUGUCAUAUCAGAAUAUUUCACAUGUGCGGGGCCUUUGGUGCUCAUUUUGAUUGUACCUUCAUUCUAAUCAGUAAUUCUUCACUUCCGCCGUUUGUGUCACUCAGACAAAACAAAGCACACUUAAUGCAACACUAAAGAACUGUUCAGCUAAUAGCCAUGUAUGACAGUGUGAAUGUUUGCUUGAAUGCCCUCCAUGACUAAAAAAACACAAUCAAACCCUGUAGGGUGUAGGAGUAUUUAAGCUGUACAAGUUGUCUUGGCUGAUCUAAUGUGAGUGGAUACAUUUUCCAAAGUAAGGCAGACUUACCCCUUUUAGACGGGCUGUACUGUUUUUGUUCACUGUUGGUAUGAAAUUGUGUUUUGUGGGUUUUUUGUUUGUUUUUUUUAAGCAAAACAAAUCCAGCACUUCCUAUUUAUUGGCUUUAUUUUACUGUAUCUGCGAGAGCUGCAAAUCAUGUGGAACGAUCAGCUGUUCCUCAAACAUCAUUUAUAAGUGUUGUGUAAAUAGUAUUUUUCUCCCUCAUUCACACGUUGAAUAAAACCUUGAUUUAUCCUAAGGACUUUGUCUAUGCUUAACACGUCCUCCUUAUGAGCCUUUUCAUCUGAGUGUUCAGUAUUUUACUGUAUUUAUGUCACAGCCUUUCAAAUGUAAUCACUAUCUCUGUGGAUCUGUACCUGGGACCUAAAUGUGACUGUUUCAACAACACUGUUAGUACUGUUUUACUGGUCUAAAUGGCGUGUGACACUUCAAUAAAAAACUCUACAUCCAAAA